AUGGAUUCUACAUCAAGUGGUCAAAUAAGGGGGCGUGGAAGAAACAAACGAGUGUGGACUCCUGGUGAGGAUGAAAAAUUGGUUGAGUGUCUUGUUGAGUUGUGUGUUUCAGGGAAGGGGCAUAAAGAUGCUAAUGGUUUGAGACUCAAGCCAUUUCCACAUUUCGAUGAUCUAAGUCUUGUUUUUGGUAAAGAUCGUGCUAAUGGAAAAGGAGCAAUGUCAGCUACUGAUAUUUUGGAAGAGUUAGAUCAAGUUGAAGCAAGCAAUGACAUUGGAGUUGAUGACUUAGAAGCCGAAAUCUCAGACCUCAUCAUCCUAAUGCAAAAUAAUUGGCCAACACUGGCCUGCCCAAGCGGCAACGGCACCAAGUUCUGGGCACAUGAAUGGAACAAACAUGGGACCUGCUCAGAGUCCGUCCUCAGCCAACACCAGUACUUUAAAGCAGCUCUAGGCCUCAAGAAAGAUGUAGAUCUCCUCCAAAUUCUUGAGAAAGCAGGAAUUAAACCAAAUGGAGAAUCAUACUGCUUGAAGAAAACUAAAAAAGCUAUAAAAGAUGCAGUUGGAUUCACACCUUGGAUACAGUGCAAUGUGGCUCCAUCGGGUAACAGACAGCUCUACCAGGUUUACGUUUGCGUGGACACUUCUGGGAAAAACUUUAUCCAAUGUCCAGUGAUGCCCAAGGGGAAAUGUGGUUCAAGCAUUGAGUUUCCUUCAUUCUAG